CCGCUGCCAAUGCCCCGUGCUCCAAGCCCUCCGGGCUCUGACCCAGGUCCCUGUGGAGGGCGGGAUGGUCUGCGAUGCCCUGCUUGGCUCUCCUCCAGGCCCUGGAGCCUUUGCUCCGAGGCCAGCUUCUCGGCAAGGCCUCCCUGCUGCCUGUCCCUGCUCUGCACAGACCAAUGGCCUCUGCCCUACGGGCUUCCUGGUCCCCACGCCCAGUCGGCCCGCGCGGCAGAUCCGCCGUGCUCCCGCUCGGCGCCCAGAGCGAGCUCAGCUCUUGCUGCAAGAGAGGACUCGGGACACUCUGCGUGAGGCGCCGUUUCACACGCACAGAGGCCUAUUCUGAAGCCGCCGUGGGCAGCCCGGCCCGCGGCUCCUGGGCUCCGUACACCAGGCACCUGGGUAGAGGUGCCAGCGAGGCUCCUGGGGGUCCCCUGCAGCCCGAGCGAGACGGCCCUGGGUGUCAUCCCUGUCUUCUGCUGCACAGGCCUGCUGGAUCAGGGCUUCGGGGCAGUAAACCGUGCCCAGCGUCUUGCUGGCCUCGGCCAAGGGAGGGCGAGCGCCAGCACAAGGACCGCCAGGGCGAGGUCUCCACAGGCGGACCAGCCGGUCCUUCCCCCGGAGCCGCAGAUCGCCUUCGCCCCUGGCCUUCCGCCUCCCAGGCCACAACGCGGGGCACGGGCCCUACACCGCUGCCCACACCUUACUGACACGGCACCCGUUUUUCUGCAUCUGCCAGACUGUCCCCUCUAGGCCGUCACAUUCAGAACCAGCAGGCAGCUGCCAAACAGGGGCUGUUUCUGAUGGUUCGUAUUUUGUUUUGUUUUGCUGUAAUUGUCUUUUUUUUUUUUUUUUUCCUGGUCUCACUUGAUACAGUGAAGUGUACAUUUCAAAGUGUUUUGACAAAUGUCUCCACUGAGUGUCCGCUGCCCCUGAAAGAUCCAGGGCUGAGGUUUUCAGACGCUCACAUGCCGGGAAAGCGUCCUCGCUGCCCCACGGCUCCUGGCUCGGUGGGUCUGGGCGGGGAGAGAACGCACAUGUCGAGAGUUCCUGGGACCUGUUGCUACCCACCUGCCCACACUCCUAAGCAUCCGGGGCGAGUAUUUCUAUCGCACCAGAAAGCUCCCCUGUGGCCCUUCCGGUCAGCUCCAGCCUCCCCCAGAGGCAGCCCGCCUGUCCGUGAACUUAACACGCCGGAAUCCUUGGCAUGCGUCCUUCGGUGUCUGGCUCCUGUCAGGCAGCACAGCGCUCCUGAGGGCUGUGCAGGGCACUGCCGGGCUCGCUAGCCCUUCCUGUCGUCGCAGGGUAGCAUUUCCCUGCGUGGGGCCGCCCGCCUGUCCCCUUCUCCUGCUGAUGGAUGUUGGGUUGUUUCCAGUUUGGGGCUGGACUAAAACUUCUAUGAUUAUGUGUGCAGCUUG